AUGCAAGUGACGCAGCAACUGGUCGAUGUGUUUGCUGAGCGCGGCGGUGGUGGAUUUCCUCCCAACGGACCGCCUGUGGGUCGCGGAGGACCCGAGCGCCCGUCCCGAGGAAAGCCUGGAGCAGGUGGACCUGGCGGUAGACCCCAUGAUGGGCCCAAAGACCCGAAUGAGCCAGCGUUCCUGGAAAAGCUCGUUGUGGGGAUUGAAAACGACAGUGAUUUCGGUGUCACGCGUCGUAUCAUCGGCCCUGCUGGUUCGAACAUGAAGCGCAUUAGUGUUGAGGCCGGAGGAAAUGCCAAGAUUCGUGUGCGCGGGCGUGGCUCUGGGUCGAAGGAAGGAGGGCCUGAAGACGCCGAUGAGCCGUUGAUGAUCUUAGUAUCAGCAGAGAACGAGCGCAGCUUCCGCAUUGCGUGCUCACUCACGAGUGAGCUGCUUGGUUCUAUUCACCGCGACUACCAAAUGUUCCAGCAGCGUGGCUUCCGCGGUGGCGGCGGAGGUUAUGGCCGAGGUCGUGGCCAUCACUAA